AUAGAUAGAUAGAUAGAUAGAUAGAUUUCAAAUCUCACAGAUGUAAACACAUGAAGCUACUUGAGAGAUUCUGCCUUCCUCUCCUCUGCGGGGCAACCUGACAGGAAAUACUGUUUGGACCUGAAGUUGUUGGGUGGGGCAUCUCUGCUCUCUAUAAAUGCCUGAAGCUUUCUUCAGACCGUACAAUCUGUGUAAAACCCUCUACAUCACUGUAGCUGGUGCCUGAUCCAGUGACAGUAUGGAUGCAGAUAAGUUAGUUGAAUCCAUCGUCAGAAUACUCAUGUUCAUUGCAGGCAUCCUGGGAAACAACUGGCUGGCGAUAGCCUCUCUUCCCAGAAAGAAAUCUGAAAUCCGUACCAAUGAGAUCCUGUUAAUCAACCUGGCCGUCUCCAACCUCAUUACCAACUACCUAGUGGACAUCCCUGUCACCAUGGAAGACUUUGCUGGCCAAUGGCUCUUGGGACUGACCUUCUGUGGCAUUUUUCGCUUCAGUGCUGACCUCUCAGAGACCAGCAGCCUCUUCACCACCAUCAUCAUCUGCGUCUUUUGGCACCAGAAGCUGGUUGGUUCUCUCAAGCGUGGAGGUGCCCCUGUGCAGCUGGACAACCUGCGUCUGCUGGGGUGUCUACUGGUCGGGAGCUGGACGCUGUCCGUCGUCCUCAGCAUGCCUCGCCUCUUCUUCGUUUCACUGGAGGUGACAAAUGAGAGCCUUGAACACUGCGUAGAUGUCUUCCCCAAUGUGCUUUCCAGACAAACAUAUGAGGUCUUUUUCUUAUCACUGGCUAAUGCGUUGCCUAUUGUAGGGAUCUGGGUUGCAAGUAUCCAAAUUGUCUUAGCUUUGCUCCAACAUCACAAGCGCAUACAGAGCUCUUCCUCUCAUCGGGUCAAGGUUAAACAAGACAAGUCAGAGAGGUCAGUCAGCAGUGUUUCUGUUCAAGACUCCCAUAAAGACCUCAAAGAGUCUUCUUCACCAGCUGAGCGUGUUUCUUCUUGUCCAAAUGGAGAAUGUCUGGGUAAAAGUCCACAGAGUUCUCCCUUAGCCAACAAAACAGAUUCCAGAGCAGAAGCUCAACCAAACCACUCAAAGUCCAACCAGAUACCCUCGAAGCAGAGUAACAACACAAGCUCUCAGGUGAGGGCAGCAAAGAGCGUGGUGGCUGUGGCCACUGUGGUCCUCCUCUGUUGGAUGACUCAUCUAAUUCUGCGCAUCAGCAACAGCAUCCAGGAUUCAUCACUGAUGAUGGAGCUGGCCAGUUACAUCGGAGCCGCCUACACCUGCAUCAUCCCUUAUAUUUUUCUGCAUGGAGUGAAAAAACUGUCUUGUUCAUGUAAAUGAUAGGAAAUGUCAAACGGGACGUCCACGAUGCCACAGUUAAGUUCAAGAAUAUUCUUAAACCUGGUAGUGCUCGAUUUAAAGUAAUAUUUUAAUAUUUACCAAACUGUUUCUUCUGACUGGAAGUGACGUUUAUGUUUUUGAUUUGAGGAUCCAUGGA